UAACUAGGUAUUGAUAAAGCUUCCCAUCGGCAACACUCUUCUGUGGUCAUGUCAUAUUUAUUUCAGUUUGUGUCUAAGGUUUCGUUCCAUUGUUGUCACUUGUAUUUUUUUUAAAGUUUCAUUCAUUUUCUAAUUUGCGAAAGUUUUAGUUUCGUAUAGUUAAUUAAAUUUGUAUAAUGUACUUUGAAUCACUUUUUUAAGUAGUUAUAAUGGGUGCAAAAGUGUCUAGAAAUGAUUUUGAGUGGGUAUACACCGAAGAGCCGCAUGCGAGCCGUCGAAAGAUUAUACUAGAAAAAUAUCCGGAAAUAAAGCAGCUGUUUGGUUACGAUCCGCUUUUCAAAUGGGUGGUGACAGGGAUGGUGAUCGCACAGUUGGCUGUGUUGCCAUUCAUCCAACAACUCAGCUGGCCAGUCAUGCUAUUGGUCGCCUAUUGUUAUGGCGGAGUCAUCAACCACUCGCUCAUGUUAGCUAUCCACGAAAUAGCGCAUAACCUAGCGUUUGGUCAUAACCGGCCCCUGCACAAUAGAUUGUUUGGUUUCUUCGCCAAUUUACCCAUCGGGAUACCAAUAUCAAUAAGCUUCAAGAAGUAUCAUCUGGAACAUCAUAGGUACCAAGGCGAUGAAGUAAUAGACACUGAUCUCCCAACCCUUAUAGAAGCUAAACUCUUCUGCACAACAGGCGGAAAAUUGCUUUGGCUGUUCUUGCAGCCUUUCUUUUAUGCACUGCGCCCACUGGUGGUGCGACCGAAACCACCGUCACCUAUGGAACUUAUAAAUUUAAUUAUACAAUUAUUUUUCGACGCAGUCAUAGUAAAACUGUUUGGUUGGCAGGUGCUAGUAUAUCUAGUUGUAGGAUCUUUGAUGGCAAUGGGAGUGCAUCCAGUGGCAGGCCACUUCAUAUCUGAGCACUAUAUGUUCCGCAAGGGUUUCGAGACCUAUUCAUACUAUGGACCAUUGAACUGGAUUACGUUCAACGUGGGAUACCAUAACGAACAUCAUGACUUUCCAGCGGUGCCUGGGAGGAGAUUACCUGAGGUGAAACGGAUAGCGUCGGAGUUUUACGAUAAUCUACCUCAACACAACAGCUGGACGAGUGUUCUAUACGACUUUGUGAUGGAUCCAGACAUUGGACCGUAUGCGAGGAUCAAGCGCAAACAUCACGGUCUGGACAGCUAAGUGUAUUUAUAUAGAUAAAAUGUAUAUAAUAUACUAGAUAAUUCUUACAUGUAUUAAUCGUCAUAUAUUAUACGUUAUCAUUGUACGAGAUGAUAGGUGAGAAUGCAGUCAGGUCAUGGCCUUAGCAUGAGUGCAUUGGGCGCUAGGGUACAUUGAGGGGCAAUGCCCUACCUUAAAAUAAAAAGCCCCAAGAAAAUUAUGGCUUCUGCCCUAUCAAAAAGUGCUUUUGUCCUACCUUAAACUUGGGUCUAGCUACGGCCUUGAAUUAGGUCAAUUAACCCAUCGUGACAAAUUCAUCAUGAAUUAACACAGGCAGUGUCUAGAAUGAACGGCGUGGAAGUCGAUCUGACAAUGUCUAUUGCAUAGAACUACUCUCUAGUCCCAGUUACUAACAAACUUUCCUGCUGCUGUGUCGCUCAUCACUUCCAUCAAUUAAUUAAAUAAAUAGUUUAUUAUAGGUGCUGUAUACUCUACUUGCACACGACGGCUAAUACAUGUAUAUCUAGAUAUUAUAAAAAUACGAUAACGCAUUUGUACCAUGUAUUUAAGAUUUUUUAUUAUUGAGUUAAAACUGUUAUAACAAUGCAUAUAUGUUAUUAACCCUCUGACCACCACUCGAUUUUCGCGUGCAGUAUCUACUAGUUUAAUUUUACGCAUCCCGCGAUUUCGACGUGCUCGCAUUUUUUAAGUUUAUUGACGUUGUUAUCCCGCGAUUUUUGUUUUGGUAGAUAGAUAUUGUCUCUCAGAAUCUCGCUAGAUGGCUAAAUACUCGUACUACUAUUUGUUGCCAAAGCGAUGUGCGAAAAUGAAGCGAAAAAAAUACAGGGUUAGAGGGUUAAGGCUUUUACAUAUGAAUAACAUGAGAUUGCCUACCUGAUGUAGAUGGAUUCCCUAUAACAGUAAACAUUGUAACAAUCGACAAUUGCGCGACAUUUGCUGUAAAUCUUAAUAGCAAUUUUUGCACAUGCAUUUAACCCAUCUAACGCUCAUUAAGCAAACGUGAUAUGUAAUACGAUUUUUGUUAAUUAGCAAUGUUCACGCAGUAAAUACUGUUAUAGGGAAUCAUUCCCCCCCGUAAAGGACGAAGUGAUCUACGGAUCGUUUUAUUGCAGUGAGGCCCUUAUUAUGUUUUCAAUUUGUUAGAACAUCAAUUAUAUAGCUAUCUCAAAUUGAGUUUAACUGAACGCAACGGUUUUCGGAACUGUUUUAAGGUCACUUUUCACGUUUGAUGACAGUGUUUGUUGUAUGAAAUAUAAAACUUAUAUGAUGAAAUAUAUAAAUAUGAAAUUAAUUUAUACUGAAAGUUUUUUAAUAAUAUAAAAUAAUAUAAUAUAAAAUAAAUAAUAAUUUUAUAAUAUAAUAUAAAAGAAACAUAUUUUAUUAACUUAAUUCAAAAAGUUGUUAAAAUAAUUAUACGAACUCGAAUAAGGUAUGACCAAAUAAAAUUACAAUUAAAGAAAAUUGUUUUCUAAAACUUUUGAAAACUUAGAUGGAGAAUAGUAUUUAUUAUCUAUGUCUAAAAACAGCAACAUUGGUACAAUUGUCUUUUUUUUUGUAGUUUUCUUCAUAUUUUUUUGUAUUUUCAUUAUAUUAUUUUUCCAUAGUACAUUAAAACCGUAGAAGAGAAUCUAUAAAUAAAAUAGAAUUGAAAACUACAAAAGUUGACAGUAAUUUACAAUGUUGCAAUAUCUUGUAAACAUAUUUAACAUUUAUCUGAGUAUAUGCGAUUAUAUUUUGCCUCCAUUUUUUAAAUUUAGACUUCAUUACCUAUUGGAUCCUCCUUUUAAAAUUUGUUUGUAAUAAAAAUAUAUUUUUUUGUUUGUACAUAAUGUUAUAACAGUAAUAUAUAAUUUGCUGUAUUUUUACAAAAUGCUUAUAGCUUUUAACUGUGAGAGCUACAACUAUAUAGUGGAGGCAAUUUGAAUUCAUGCUUGAAUUGUCUUUCUAUCACAAAAAUAGUAUUACACACUAUAAUUAAGUCGUUUUAUAUUAUUUUAAUAAUUUUUAGUAAUUAAAUUUUUCAUGUUUUUGUUUCAGUGGUUAAUUUUUAAUAUGCUCAAGUGAUAUUAUUACAUUUAAUUGCAUUUCUUAGUCGAAUUUAUGUAUUAGUUACUAGAAUAAUUUUGAAGGUGUUUCGGGGUGUAUAAGAGAUGGGCAUCGUCCGCUUUAUUUGUCAAAUUUUAAAGAAAACUAAAUUAUAAAUUUAUAGUUUAACUUAAAUCUAUUUAUAUCAAUGUAUUUAGUUUGAAAUUUGCAAAGUAUUGCAGAUACUUCCAGUCUUGAAGGAAGCACCCUCUUAAUAGUAUUCAACUACAAUAUUUGAGUAAUAUAAUUACAUCUUUUAUUUUUUACAUUUGUUUUUGAAAAAUGAGUUAUUACACAUAAGUAUUGUUACCUAUAUUGAUAAGUCUCUUGAACAUAAUUCAGGAUUUUUUUUUAAUUUAUCGUUUACUUGUGGACCAAAGUAUUUAAUUAAUACUUUUUGGAAAUUAAAUAUAAUUACUGAAAUAUAUACAUAUAUUGUUUAGAAAUCAUGUGUAUACGUUUAAAUUUAAAUUUCAAAAUGAAUUUUAGUCAUUGAUAAAAUAUAGUUGUAUCUACACCAAUGCUUAUAUUUUAACAUUAUAUAGAUAAUAGAUGUUACAAUUGAAUAUUUUUUUAUAUUUCUUAACUGGCUAAGAUCUAUUUUUAUACUGGGUAAAUUGUCGCUAGCCAGAAUAAAAUAUUUGUUCCAUUAUACCAGUCAUAAACGGUCUUUAUGUUUUGUGCUUUAAAUGGUGUAAAAGUUUAUAAUUUUUUUUUUUUUAUUUAGUAAUGUUCGUCUAUUGUCAUUUCUAAAUCCGUAAUAAAGUAUAAGCUGUUUAACUCGGUUCGUGUAAAAUUUUUACUGUCGAACUUAUUAGUAACGAUGAACUAUCGAUGUAACUAAUAGUUUAUAAUUUAACUAAAUCAAGUGCAUAAAAAUAUGUAAGUAUAUAAUACUUGAAAAUCUUUUUUAAAUACUGACUCUGCAUUUGGAAACUGGAUAAUAAUUAUCUAGGCGCUAGUGGCUAUAUUCCAUCAAAUGGACCGUCAGUUUUUUAUUAUUGUUAAUAUUAGGUACGUACUUGUACCACGAAUUAUCUGUAUUAUUGAAAAUACGAUUGAUCGUGCACGAUUGUAUAAGGUGUACUUAUAUUAUUACAAAACAUUCAUAUUGUACAAAGCUAUAUGUUUGUAUUAUAUUAUAUUUCCAUAACAUGUUACCGAUAUCUACAUCUACAAUAAAAAUAUAUUGAAAUAA